AUUUUAGCAUGGUAGACUAAGGUACAACGUCGCUCGCACGCACGUACGUUCGUUCGCUAGCUAGCUCGUUUCGUCGUAGUCUCGUCGAAAAGAAGAAAUCAUAUUUUUGUGUAAAGCUAAACACUAUAGAAGCGCCGCCGACACAUUAGCCUAGCUAGUAGCUGUCAAUAGGGUAAUGACAACGCGCGUAUAUUUUUCAUUCCAAAAAAACGCGCGUACGUGAUUGUUUCCACUAAACAAAUAUAAAUAUAAAUAUUACUAAUAAGCAGCUAUACAACAAAUAAACGUAUAAAAAAUAUUUUGCCGAAAAAUCAUUUGUUUCAAGCAAGUAAGCAAAACAUAACAAAGUGUAUAGCAAAUGUGAACGAAUAUGAAAAAGAAAUGUUGUAUGCAACAAAAAUUGAAAUAGAAAAUAUUUUCGAAAACAAAACUACAACAAAGAGUAACAGUUGAAAAGUGACAUUUUUGGAAAUUUGUAUGAAAUGUGACUGCGAGUUGUGGCAUUUUGAGGAAGACAAGUGAAUACUCAAACAGAAAUAAAUCAAAAAAAAAUAUUUAAAGUUUGCCGCACAAAAUAAAACACAGCAAACCAGUGACAACAACGUACUGUGCAAAUAUAACAUUUGUAAAAAUUAAAAGUAAAUACCACAAAAGUAUUACUAUAAGAAACUAGUGCAUUUUGUACAAAAAUUAAAUUCGACAGACAACAACAAUUGCCGCGAAAAACGCGCGCUCUGCAACAAACAACACCGCCUGAGCCAGUAAACCAAAGUCAAGUGUAACCAACUAGCAAUAAAAGCAAUAAAACACUACCAACAACACAUUGACAUUUGCCGAAAAAGCAGCAGUAGCUACAACAACAACAGCAGCAACUAGUAGAGAAACAGUGCAAAUACCAAAGUUGUUGCAGCAUCUUAACGUCUCUGUGUAUGCAUGUAUGUGUGUGUGUGUGUGACAUAUGCACAACAAUCAGCAGAUUUCCGCAUUGAGUGGUGUAAACAAAGCGGCAGCAGCAAGCCAGCACCUCUUGUGGCAAAUACAAUAAGCGCGCAAAACCACGCACAAGUGCAGCAACAACAACAACUGGCAGCACUAACAAGUGACAAGUUAGCACAGCGCCAAUAAGCAAGUGUUAUAGCAGCGUGCGUACCAAAAGUAGGCAUACGCACCCUAGUAAACACAACUAUUAGAACUAGUAGCAGCAACAAAACUGUUUUGCAAAAACAUUUUGUGAGCACUCAACACAAAAUAUUUACAGCACAGCAACAAAAAGUAUUAGAGCAAAACGCCUAAAGCUAAAGAAGCGCACAAUUAUUUUGGAAGAAGCUGCAAAAAAAUCAUAACCUCAAAUUGUCGGUUUAUGAUUUGUGCCCAAUAAAAGCAACAAGCGCACACGUAGCUAAAGGACAGCAGCAACCAAUUGGAGUAUACUCUAAGAGGAAACAGUGGCAACUGUAUAUUUUAUUAUCUUCAAACAAUAAUGUGCACUGAGGUUAAUUCAGCAAUGGGUCUACAAGCUACAGCCGCUACCAAGCGGAAACAUGAGAUUACAUUCGAUGCCAAGGAUGCUAAUACAUAUACUAACAGUCCGCCACCACUGAAGACAGGCAAAUGGUCAAUUAAUAAUAACAACUACAUCGAAGCCAUUGAGGAGCAGCAACUGAAUGGCAGCAAUAUAAAAGAUACAAACGCCAGUUUACGCACACUAACGAAUAGUGCAGCAGAGAGCACGAAAAGCACAACAACAACAACAGUGAAUAGCAAUAAUAAUAGUAUUAAUAGCAGCACUAACGGCCUCCACAAUAGUAUUAGCAAUGGUAAAGAAGUUACUAAAAUCGCUGAGCACACAAGCGGUCCAACUGCAGCCACCACAAUAGCAACAUUGCCCUCCAUGGUCGCCACGCUGCUGCCUAUGUCCAGUGAAAUGGCUGCCACCACGCCAUUGCCACCAACCUCCACCACACCCGUACCAGAAGACAGUAUUGCCAAGUUGGAGGAGGUCGCGGCCGUGCCCUGUUGUGAGCCCUGGACUAAUGCGGCGACAGAACCGGUCGAUUGCAUUUCCAAAUUGCAGGCUGUUGCAGUGCCGAGUGAUCCAUGGGGUAGCAUUGCGACACGUUCCACUUUGGCGACAACACUUCUCAGCGCCGAUGAGUUAGAUGAUGACGAUGAUGAUUUCGAGGAUGACUAUGAAGAGGAGGAGAGCAUAAUACCGACAUAUUGUCCACUGCGUUAUCAUACUUUUCCACCGCCACCAGCAGCGAACACGACAACGCAUCAACAACAGCGACUUGGCAGUUAUGCGCCCGCGCCGCAUGGUUAUGGCUCGCGUCCCAACUACUACUCGGAGCCAUAUCCACAACAGAAUUGUUCACGUACCGGCAGUCCGCAACAUAUGCGUAUGGCUGGCAGCAAUGGUUUCACACAAUGGCAGAGCACAAACGGUCCCUCCGGUGGCGGUCAGCAAUUUUAUGUGCCACCCGAAGCGGCAUACCCGCCGCCACAGCAACAGACACCACAACCGCCACAACAGCAGCAGACAAUACGUUGUGCAGAGAAUGGUAAAUCGUAUUUAGAGUUGGGCUGUAGCAGUCCGCCGCCCCAUGUGAAUAGUUCGCCUGUUGUGCCACCACCGCCCUUCGGCAAUCUACAUGUGACCGCCGCGAAUCUCGACGCGCGUCACCCUUUAAAACGUUGCUGUGAUGGGCGUGGCACAUGGUGCAAUACAAAUAAGAAUUGCUAUAAGGAUCUGCGUCUGAAGAUACGCAACCUAUCCAUGUUUAAGUUGUCGCGCUUCCGACAAGUAUCCGAACAGUCACUCUAUCGCUCGGUGCUAAUAUGCAAUACACUGAAACGCAUCGAUCGCGAAAUCGAAACAGAAGCUAAGGAGAUGCAUCAAGCAGCGGCGCAGGCAGCUGCCGCACAACAUCAAUACCAUCAGCAUCUGCAUCCGCCGCAUCAUUUGCAGCAUCACUUGAAUCCGCAACAGCCACCGCAACAGUUGUUGGUGCCACAGCAGCCACAUACAAUGCUACAUCAGCAGCACCAGGACUAUGCGCCGCCAGUGAUGAACUGUGCGCGUCUCACCAACCUGGACUAUCAGGUGCAACAUCAGCCGCCAACACUGCUGCAACAACAGCCUCCGCAGCACUUCGCACAGCAUCUGCCACAUUAUCAGAAUCAGCAACCCGAACGGCUCGACACGCCGCCGCCAUACCUGAGCGCACCCACACAGCACCUACAGAAACCCACAAGCGGCGGUUUUACACUCAACAAUAGCAUUAGUAGUAUUAAUGUAAAUAACUGUGAUUCUACAAAUGGCGCAGCGGCAAUACACCCUUACGACCACUAUCCCUUCCGGGAAUCGCAAUCUGGACGCGCAACUCCAUUUCCCUGCCAACCGGUAAUGUCGUCGGCGCCGCCUUCAACAACACCAACCCCGGCGACGACGCAAACCCAGCUGCAUACUGUUGCAACGACACUCAGUGCGUCCAAUGCAACAACAGCAGCGCCCAUGCAAAACGCUAGCUCAACGGCGGCGUUGACAAGCGCGUCAAGUAGCAUUAGUACAACGUCACAAGUAACUACCGCCACGACGUCCAUUGCCACCACCGAUAACAGCGAUUCUGGUUAUGCGGACGAUGAUUCAACACGCUCCAUCAACUGGAGUUCGGUGCUCAGCUUGUCGUCACAAUCCGCGCUGGACCCACUCAACAACAACGACCUCUUCGCCAUACUACCGCCUGCGUUAUCGAUAACCAGCCCAGCCACCGCGACACCAGUGCCCGUAACGGCCGCUUUAACAACGAACACCAGCGCGUCGGAUAGCACAACGCAAGCGUCGGCUGUUGCCAUUAGCGGCACCUUCACCACCGUGCAAUCCACCUCGGUCUCUAGCAGUAGUGCCAACGCAUCAACUACCAGCAGUAGCAGCAGUAGUGCAGCAUACAACACAUGUACCUCUUCGUCGACGGCAACAUUCACCACGCUUUCGACCAUCUCCUCGGCGACGCAUUCGCUCACCUCAUCGUAUGUGAGUAGCAUGAGCGCCAAUGCAGCGGCCGCGUCGGCAUCCUCCACAUGGGAGUACGGUUUUCUCGAUAUGGAAUUCGGUUUGGGCUCAGAAUUCACCGAACUUGUGCCCAGUUGUAAACUGAAUUCAGAUGAGCUCUUCAAGAGCAGCCUAACACCAGUGGUGGCCGCAUCACGUUAUUCCUCCGUACAUGACAAUGAGCUGGAACAACCGGCACACAUUAUGGUCGGCAGUUAGUAUCAAUUGUAAAGCAGCGAAACAAUGCAGGAGACGUGGUGCCGAGCUUUAUACUACUGUGACGGCGGUACGUACUGCAACGCCAACAGGUGGCCUUGCUGGUGUUUAUGACCGCUAAUUGGGGCGCUGGACGCAUGGUGCCCAUGGAGAACAUGGCAUUCAUUGUGGCGAGUAGCAGGCGCGCUAAGCCACUGAGCAACAAGCAGCGGGAACACAUAACAGCCGAAAAUAUGUGAAAACACAUUGUACGAGUGUAUGUACAUACAUGAGAGCAAUGUGGGAGUGAGCGCAGCGCUUCGGCGCUGUUUUACUAGCAUAUACAUAUGUACAUAUAUUUAUUAGAAAUGUAAAACCAUAUAUGCUUCUUUGUAUUAGCAAUUUUACUGCAAGCUAAAUUAGUUCGCUUAAGUAUGAAAUGCUCAGGUUGUGACCUUUUUGUUUAAAAAUUGUGAAAAAACUGUAUGUGCAGCAAGUAGGGAGCAUAAAGCAGCAGCUAAGGCGCAUAGUUUGAAAAGAAAUUGUCGCUUUUGCCAUUAAAAUGUACUUAUUUGUGAAUUAAAAAUACUUAAGCUACCGCUAAAAAGUACUUAAUUUACUAUAUUUUAAAACACAUAAUAACUAAAAGAUAUAUUUAUACAAUUAGCAAUAUUUUAAAGGCAAGAUUUAUUUUGCAAAUAUUGCAAAUGUGUGAAAUAUAUCGAUUAUUGAUUUUUGUUGAUUUUGUUGGUUUUAUUUGUGAAAUAAUUCGCGCAUAUUUUUAUUUUAUACUUGAAUUAAUUCAUUUUCUUUAAAAGAUAUUUUAAAUUAUUUCCAAUUACAAGUUACGUGGGUACAAAAAUUUCUUUCGAAUUAUGCGCCGAACAAAUGCAGCUCUUGAAAUCUUGUUAGAAUAAAUUGAAGAGAAAUAUAUAUUUAUUUAUUUUUUUUUUCAAGAAAAAACAUAUGCUUAUUGACUUUUUUGUGCAACUUUAUGCUUUAAAAAGCGUUUGCAUUCAAAACUCAAUAAUCUUUGAAAACAAAAUUUUUUAAUUAUCUUUUUUGACACUUCAGCAACUCAAUUGCGUUAAAAACUUUUAAACUUUUUGGAUUAUAAAGUUAUUUUGUUGUAUGUAUCUAGGCAGUACAAAGACACAUACAACGUUAUAACUUUGGACUUCAAAGUUUUGCAUUAUUCUAAAAUUUUACUUAUGUAUUUUGUUAAUAUAAAAACAUUCAUUAACGUUUUUUCACUCAAAACUGUACUACAUACUCGUAAGACACUAUAGGAAAACUAGCUGAAUUCUAAAAUGUAUAUAAUAAAGUACAUAAGUUAUAUACGUAUGUCGUAAAUAAAUUUUAUAACGAUGCAAAAACAUACGUUACACUGUAUAUAAUAAGAUUUGGCAUAAUUCUUAAUAUGUAACUGCGUUUAUGCAAACAAAAUAAAAUGUAAAAUAUCUUAAAGUAAAAAUUCAAAACUCAAGCUUACGAUCAAGAAACGAGUAUGAAAUCAACUAGAAUAUAUUUACUACUCAUAUGUAUUUUAAAAAAUCAUAUGUGAGACUUAUAUGUAUAUAGUUGUAAAGAGUUCUUGUGUAUAUGUAUCUAUGUAUAUUUAAAGACAAUUCCUUGUACAAUACAUAAAAGGUUAUGUUUUGGCAUUUACAAUGUCACUACAAGUGCGAAUUAAGGAAUAUGCAGAUCUUCAUGAUAAUGAAGGGAAUUAUUAUUAUUUCUAUAGACUAAUGAUAAAUAUUAUUAAAGUAUUUCAUAGUUUAGGCAUAAGUAUUAGUAUUUUUAUUUAUAAAUGGAACAAAUAUUAAGAAAUUAUAACUAUAAUAUUUUAUAAAAAGAAAGUAUAAAAAAUGUGGUGACAAAACAAGCAAAAGCAUUGCAAAUAUAUGAAAGAUUUGUUUUUAAAAUUUAA